AUGGGGCCGGGAGGGGAGGAGGGGGAAAGGGGGGGACGGGACUCGCUGCCCCUCCUGGGGGACCCCGGUGGCGCGGAUCUGCUGGUCAGGAUCACCUGGGCCGGAAGCCGGGGAGCGGAAACUGGCAAAAGGUGCGCAUCUCUCCGGUUCCCCGGGCGCGCCGUGGGUCACAGUGAACACGGGCUGGCUCGGCAGCGGAGGGGGCGGGAAGCCUGGGCAUCCCUCGCUCUCACCACCCCCUUCUUUCUCCCCCAGUGGUGCGGGCGGACAAUACGGCUGCGCUUUCUCUGGUCCCUGGGUCUGGACAACAGGUGCUCGGCCUGCUCCAGUACUCGGUACUUGGGUACUCACACCCAAAGCGAGCACGGAGUCCCCAGGAAGAUUAAGGAAGGUGCCAGCACCGUGCUGAACGGAGAGGAGCAGUUAGAAUGCCAGCAGUUGGAGGGCCCGUCAAGUGCACAGAGGAGGAUCAGGGCAAGGCCCAUGGGAGCGCCACCCAGCUGUCAUGUCCAGAUCUGGAGCUCCUUCAAGCCAAGGCCUGUGUCUUGCUCACCAUCAUCCCCAGUGCUGGGCCAAGUACACUUACGGAUCUUUGAGAUUAAGCUUUUGGUCCUAUUCAACAUUUGCUAUAUUCUGUGGAAUAAGAAAACUGAAAAGUGCCUCAGGACCUCUGCCAUGGUGUUUUCUUUACAGAAAUAUAUUAAAAUAUGGUAACGGUAGCUCACUUUAGUCAAGUAUGCGCCAAAAGGUAGACAUAAAUGAGCUUGCACAGGGCAGAAGGCGCACCCGGUUCCGGCGCCGCUGCAGAAGGAAACCGAGCUUUCCCCGCUCUCCUUCCAAGCAGCCUGGAGACGGACUGAGUUAUAUUCCUAUUUCCAAAAGUCAACAAAAUAUCACUCCUCUAACUCUACUGAAUAAUUGGCUUUUUCCAAAAAGCUCCAUGUCGCAAACAGGAAAGGGAACUUGAACUAGUUACAGUCCUCCACCAGUUCCAAGCCAGUUUCUGAAGAUACAGGGACACCUGCAGCAGGGGUUGUGGAGGGCACGUCUGAAAUGCCUGAGCAGUGAGCAGCUGGCCUCCGGGACCCGGCCUGACAGUCUGGAGGUCUGAGGCGGGGUCUGCGGCCGCCUGGGGCAUCACAUCUGCGGCUCCGGCACACAUGGCUGACCGUGUGCCCCUGUUCAGGCUCUUCCUGCCACAGGGGCCAGAUUUUCAGGUACGAACAACUUCCCUGCUCGCUUUCAGGCCCUGAGAUUUGCUCAGUCACCGAACCGGACAUCACUGAGUAUCUGUGAUGUCCAAGGCCCUGUGCUGGCACUAGAGGUACAGCAAAGCACAGGACAGGCAGGUUCCUGCUCUGGUGGCGCUCAGAGUUGAGCGGGGGAUGUGAGGGAUGCUGGUGUGGCAGGAGGCUGAACAGCGUACAAAGGAUGGGUGCAAGGAAACAGAACAGGCUGGGUGGGAAGUCAAGGCCAGUGCAUGGGCGGGAAGAGGCAGAGCAGGGGUGAGGGGAGUGGGACACGGACCCAGGCUGAGGCAGAGGCUCCAAAGGCAAGCUGAAGCCACAACUCGGAAGACAGCCGUGAGGGCGGUAUUUAAAGCUGCGGGUCAGACUAAGAUCUCCUGGGGCCUGAGUGUUGACCAUAAAAGGCAGUGCACUAGGUCACCCUAACAUUUAGAAUUUGAGCAGAGAAGCAAGCCAGGGAAAGGCAGAAGGCAGUGCUGUCAGCGAUGCUAAGGGUUUGGGCUUCUAUACAAUACAGAUGCCCCCAGGGCUGGAUGCGGCAACACUGGAGGCUCCCUGGAAUGAUGGGAGAGGUGGAAGCAAACAGAGACUUCUCUGGAAAUUGGGCUGAGAAGGGAGGAGGUACAUGGGGCGGCAGCCCUGCUCUGUUGUUGUGGCUGGGGCGCAGUGGGGCCUGCACCAGGCAGUGCACCUGGAGGGCAAGCCGGGCGGGAUGAAGUGGUGGGGCAUGAGGCCUCGGCCUGAGCCUCUGCUUUCUCUCUGCUCUAGGAGACGGGUACCCGCUGCGGGGGACAGGGCCGGGAAAGGACACAUGAAAACACAUGAUGGUGGGAGAUGAACACAGUAGGGAGACCGAAGGAUAGGUGGGGAGUGCUGGUUCCCUCCCAUGUGACUUCUCUGGUCCUACAUUCAAAGUGGGACUGAGGAGUCCAGCCCCGGAUCCCCCCGGUGAGACCAAGUACUGUGCGCACAGGGAACACAGCAGUGACGUCCAAUCCGUGCUUUA